GGUUCGGCUAUGACGAUUCUGUCACAUUGAGUUUGGGGCGAAAUUCAUUGUUGUAUGUAUUACACUUUACAAAUAAAUUCAGAGUGAUCUUUUGCGACAAAUUUUCUGUGAGCGAAAAGAGAUGACAUCGACAUGAGACAGAAAAAAUACGAGACAAAAGCAGCCACCGCACAAGUCAAUAAUUCACAUAAAUAUCAUGUAUUGAGUUCAGUUGAAAUGCUGUGUUCAAACUAAACGCCUUUCGGCACGUCAUCAGACGACACAUUUUUUUUCUUCUCCUUCGGUUUUACGGAUAAAACGGCAUUAUUCAAAACAUACUUCAAAUAUUUUUUUUGAAAUAUUGUUUAUAAUAACUUCAUAUAAUAUUUUGUUGUCUAUUUGGGCAAAUAUGUUCGUUUAAGUUCGUUUUGUGUGUUUAUAAAUUUUUUCGGUUUAACGAACAAAAGUGGUUGAAACAAUUCAAAAAUUUAAGUGUAUUACCAAAGAAAAAUAGAGAAAAAAAAAACCAGACUGUCAUCAUAAUGUAUAAGAAAUAAAUUAACUACAAAUUGAGUGAUAAGCAGAUAUAGAAUUCAUUUGAAUACCUGAUGAACGUAUUGAUAUCGAACAAAUUUUCGGGUUUUCUUUCGUUAAUUUUAAUUUAGUGUUUUUUUUUUUUAAAUUGAUGUGUGAAAAACGUUUUAACAAAUAAUAAAAAUUAUCGAUUAAAUUUAUAUCUUCUAAUUUGAAUCGACAACAAUGGUUUUCAUUACACCAGAAAAGCAAAUCUGUUCCCUUGGCGGAAAAAUAUCGACUCGUGUGUAUGUCGGUUUGAUGUUAUUUGCAUCAUGUUUCGUGAGUUAUAUGCUUCGAGUGAAUAUGUCCAUCAACAUAUUGGCUAUGGUACAUCAUCACGAAGUGGAAGUCAUUGGAGACGACAAUCUAACUGCCAUCGUUGAGCCAAAUUAUGGCACGCGGUACGAUUGGUCAUCGGAACAGCAAAGCUAUUUGCUUGGUUCAUAUUUUUGGGGGUAUUUGGUGACAAGCCUGCCAGCUGGAAUGUUGGCCGAAUGGCUUGGUGCACGUUCAGUGGUUGGAUUUACGUUAGCAGGCAGUGCAUUGCUUACAGCUCUAACGCCGAUUUCAGCUGAAAUUUCCUAUUGGCUCGUGUUCGGCAUCCGAUUAUUGACUGGCGUCUUGGCGGGUGUUUUGUAUCCAUCGCUACAUAAUUUAAUAUCAAAAUGGGCGCCUCCAUCUGAACGUGGCAAAUUUAUAUCAGCCUUGUUGGGUGGCACAUUCGGUACAGUCGUUACAUGGCCUCUUGCCGGAAUUUUAACCGAAAAAUAUGGCUGGAUCUAUGCAUUUUAUGUACCUGCCAUCAUAACGGCCAUCAUAACGAUCAUGUGGUUUGCUAUCGUAUAUGAUUCACCAGCACAACAUCCACAUAUUGAUAAGACCGAGCGUGAACACAUUGAAAAAUCAUUGGGUGUUAAUUUAUCCAAAAAAAAGGCUCUACCACCAUUCGGAAGUUUAAUGACAUCGAUACCAUUUUUAGCAUUGACUGUAUUACAUUACGGCAAUCUGUGGGGCUUGUAUUUCUUGUUAACAGCCGCUCCAAAAUUCAUGAGCGAAGUGUUGGGCUUCAAUAUUGCGCAAGCGGGCAUGUUGGCUAGUUUGCCAUACCUUGCACGACUUUUUUCGGGAUUUUUAUUCGGAUCGAUUGGUGAUGCUCUGACAAAGUCCGAAAUGAUGUCAGUCACGGCAAUCCGAAAAUCGUUUUGUUUAUUUUCGCAUAUUUUGCCGGGUUUGUGUUUGAUUGGAUUAGCAUAUGUUGGUCAUCAUCCGUAUUGGUGUGUUGCAGUGAUUACAACAUCGCUCGGUUUCAAUGGUGCGUCCACCGUAACCAAUUUGCAAAAUUCUCAGGACUUAGCACCAAACUAUGCUGGAACAUUAUACGGUGUAAUCAAUUUCCUCGGAACAACAACAGGUUUCUUGACACCAAUGGUUGUUGGUCACUUUACCAAAGAAAAAAAUACGCUCGAUGAAUGGAGCAUCAUUUUUAUCAUAGCUGCUGUUGCGUAUAUUGUUCCAGCUUUAGUAUUUGUAUUGUUUGGUAGUGGUAAAGUUCAACCCUGGAAUGAGUCGAAAAAAACCGACGAGAAAACAAAUGAUGAUACCGCGACGCAGCCAUAAUUUUUCUAUAACACAAUUUGAUGGCGGUUUCUUUAGAGAGUUUAAGAUGUUCGAACGCUAUUGGUUGUGCAUUCAAAGUACAGAUUUUUCUUAGAUAUUGUCAAAUCGAAUGAGACAUGCGACACAAUUUUGAAUUAUGAAACGAUGGACAACAUAUGGAAGCUACGUAUCGAAGUAUCUUAUUAUUGCAUGUGAUUAAUUGUACUACUGCGUUCUUCUUUUUUUUUCAUUGUUUCAACGACUACGUUUUAUUUUUAUUUUUAAAUUGUAUUCAAUUAUCAUGUGAUUUUAAACAUUUAGAUUGAUUCGAUAUUUUAUGCAUUGAAGCAGUUUGGAUGAUUGUAAUUUUGCUUACCUUGUCACCUGUAUGUAUAGU